AUGGAUCCCCUGGGCCCGGCCAAACCACAAUGGCCGUGGCGCCGCUGUCUGGCCACGCUGCUGUUUCAGCUGCUGGUGGCUGUGUGUUUCUUCUCCUACCUACGUGUGUCCCAAGACGAUGCCACUGGGUUCCCUAGGCCAGGGUUCAUGGCAGUGGCACCUGUCACUGGGGCUCCCAAUGGGUUCUCCCAACAGGACACCACUCCCAUCCUGAUCCUGCUGUGGACGUGGCCUUUCUACAUCCCCGAGGCUCUGUCCCGCUGUUCAGAGAUGGUGCCUGGCACGGCCGACUGCCAAAUCACUGCCGACCGCAAGGUGUACCCAAAGGCAGAUGCGGUCAUUGUGCACCACUGGGAUAUCAUGUACGAUCCUAAGUCAUAUCUCCCACCUUCCCCGAGGCCACAGGGGCAGCGCUGGAUCUGGUUCAACUUAGAGCCACCUUCUAACUGCUGGCACCUGGAAGCCCUGGACGGAUACUUCAAUCUCACCAUGUCCUACCGCAGCGACUCCGACAUCUUCACGCCCUACGGCUGGCUGGAGCCGUGGUCCGGCCAGCCUGCCCACCCACCGCUCAACCUCUCGGCCAAGACCGAAUUGGUGGCCUGGGCGGUGUCCAACUGGAAGCCGGACUUGGCCAGGGUGCGCUACUACCAGAGCCUGCAGGCCCAUCUCAAGGUGGAUGUGUAUGGGAAAUCCCACAAGCCCCUGUCCAAGGGGACCAUGAUGGAAACACUGUCCCGGUACAAGUUCUACCUGGUCUUCGAGAACUCCUUGCACCCCGACUACAUCACCGAGAAGCUGUGGAGGAACGCCCUGGAGACCUGGGCCGUGCCCGUGGUGCUGGGGCCCAGCAGAAGCAACUAUGAGAGGUUUCUGCCGCCCGACGCCUUCAUCCACGUGGACGACUUCCAGAGCCCCGAGGACCUGGCCCGAUACCUGCAGGAGCUGGACAAGGACCACGCCCGCUACCUGAGCUACUUCCGCUGGCGGGAGACGCUGCGGCCUCGCUCCUUCAGCUGGGCACUGGAUUUCUGCAAGGCCUGCUGGAAACUGCAGGAGGAAUCCAGGUACCAGACGGUGCGCAGCAUAGCGGCUUGGUUCACCUGAGAGGCCAGUGUGGGGCCUCGGUUCCCGGGAACCUCAUCUGCCUGGGUCUUCACCUGCUGGAGUCCUUCAUGGCCAGCCCUCUCACUUCCCUGGGAACUCACAUGCUGGACUUCACGGCUGUCAGGAGCCUCCCCUGCAGAAGCCUUGCCUGCUGGGGACC